CUCGAGCUCCGGCGCCAGCACGAGCUCCGCGUCGAAAACGCGCGCAUCGCAGAGUAUUGGCCGGUCGCCCCGCGCGCCACGUGGCGGCCCCGGGACCCGCGGGAGAUCGCCGACGCCUUCAAGACGACGGCGGCGGGGACGGACGCGGCGCGGCAUUCGUACCACCUCGACCGCGAGCUCGCGCGCGCGCGCGAUGACCACGAGCAGCUACUCCGGGUCUCCGACUACGAGCAGCUGCUCCGAAGACGCGUGGCGCUCGUCUAUUGGGCCGUUUGCUUAGUCGCGCGCGUCGCGGAGAGCGCGGGCCUCAUCGCCACCGGCGCCGGCGGCGCCGCGGGUCAGAUCUGGACGGCGCUGGUCGUCGUGGCGUCGACCGCGUGUUUUUUUGCGUCGCCGGCGUCCCAAGCGGCGUGCCUGCGGAACGCGCACUACCUCGUGGCCUGCUUUACGUUCGGGAACCACGCGCUCCGCGCGCUCCGUCUCACGCAGCUCUCCGACGACGAGCGCGCACACGAGCUCUCGCGCGCGCGAGCGAGCGCGUGCCACCCGCUCUACUACGUGCUCGUCGCCUUCCAGGGCAUCUGCCAUUCGUUCAUCACCGGGGGCCAAUUCAAAUUGUUCCAGUACGGUUUCGCCGUCGUUAACGUCGGUCUCAGCCUCGCGGUGAUUCGAGGCGCAGGGGCGGACGCGAGCGAUUUCCUUACGCCGCUGGUCGGGUGGGUGCUCACGGUUCUCCUCGCGGACGGCUGCUUCUUCGUCCUGAUGCGACCGCUCUGGCUCGAGUCGCAGCGCGCCGCGGACCGCCAGCUCGAGAUCCGCGUCGAGGAGCUGACAAGCGAGAAGGAGCGCAUCGUCGCCGCGGGGCGGGGGCCAGUCGCCCCGCGAGCGACGCGGGAGCUCGAGUCGCGCGCGCGGGAGCUGGCCGACGCCCUCGAGACGGCGGCGGCGGGGACCGACGCGCCCGGCGACGACGCCCGCGUGGCGGACCUCGGCCGCGAGCCGACGCGCUCGCGGGACGACGACGAGCGGCCGCUCCGCCCCCCCGACUUUGAGCGGCCGCUCCGAAGCCGGGCGGCGCUCCUCUUGUGGGCGGUCGUGGUCUUCGCGCGCGUCGCGGAGAGCGCGAAGUUCACCUUCACCGGCACCGGCGGCGUCUUAGGCCUGGUCUGGACGGCGUUUCUCGUCGUCGCGUCGACCGCGGCUCUUACGGCGUCGCCGGCCGUCCAGGCGGCGUGCCUGCGGAACGCGCACUACCUCGCGGCCGGCUACACGGUCGGGCGCCACGGGGUCCGCGCCUUGCACCUCGCGCAGCUGUCCGCCGACGAGCGCGCGCGCGAGGUCCUCCGCGCGAGCGAAACCUACGAUCACCCGCUCAACGUCGCGAUUGUCGCCGUCCAGGGCAUCUGCCUCGCGCUCAUCACCGUCGGCCAUCUCAGAUUCAAGGGCCUCUACGUCCUCGUGAACGUCGGCCUCUACGUCUCGGUGAUCCGCUUCUCCGGCGCGGACGUCGGCGAGUUCCUGGCACCUUUGUUC